UUCAGACAUUCGCUUUCCUGCUUUUUAAGCCACUUGCAUUUCAAUAAAGCUUAAAGCACCUGCCUUUUUUACUUCUUCACAUUAAUCUCUCUCUCCUUCCCUUCUCCACUUCCCAUGGAUACAUCCGCUGCUCAAUGGCCUCCUCAGCCUCAGGUGACUAAGCAGAUGGGUGGGUGCCCAAAGGAGAGGAAGAUGAGGCCACAGAAAGAAGAAGCAGUGAAGUGCCCUCGCUGCAACUCCACCAACACCAAAUUCUGCUACUACAACAACUACAGCCUCUCCCAGCCCAGAUACUUCUGCAAAACAUGCCGCCGCUACUGGACCGAAGGCGGCUCCCUCCGCAACAUCCCCGUCGGCGGCGGCUCCCGCAAGAACAAGCGCUCCUCUCCCUCUCUCCCCAAAAACCUCCCCGAUCCCCAAAACCCUAAUAACAAGAUCCUCGAUUCCCACGAUCUCAACCUCGGAUUCGCCCUCCACCACGAUUUCAAAUCCCUAACCGACAUGAUCCAAUUCCCCUCAUUCACCGUCGCCGCUUCUUCUCCGUCGUCGCCGCCGCGCCAGCAUCUCUCCUCCUCGCUGGAGCUGCUCACGGCGGCGACGUCGGGCGGUUUCAUGCCGGCGUCGGCGGAUCCAUACUCGUCGGGGUUUCCGAUGCCGGAGUUCAAGCCGUCGCUCAACUUCUCGCUGGAUGGGCUCGGGAGCGGCUAUGGAAGCUUCCAGGGGGUUCCCGAAGCAAAUGGGAAGCUUCUUUUUCCGUUUGAGGAUUUGAAGCAGGUGCCCAACAAUGCUGAUCAAACUCGAGAUGAUCAUAAUUCCAAUGGAUUUUGGAAUGGGGUUAUAGGCGGUGGAUCAUGGUAAAUUUUACUAAUUUUUUUACAUUUUUUUCUUUGUGGGGGUGGUGGGUGACUUUGUUUGUAUUGAUUUGGAAAAAAUGAAAAGUAAAAAACUGACUUAUAAGUAUGAUACUACUGGUACUACUAUAUAUGGAUAUUGUGUUCUUGGGUUAAUUAAUUAUACUACUACUACUACAUAGUAGUAUCUAUGGUGGUUGUGUAGUUAUUAUUAUUAUUAUUAUUAUUAUUGUUAUUAAUUAUCAAGGAUAUAUAUGUAUAUGUUGGAGUUAGAAGCUUGUUUUUAGAUAUGGCUUCAGGUAAGGGAGAUGGUGUAUAGUGAUAGAAGAAGAGAUUGGCCUUGAUUUUUGAAGGGCAAUUAAGCAGCAUCAUUGCUACUUUAUUCUUCUAUCAGCACAAGGAGAGCCACCAUGGAAUUAAGCCACAUUUUCUUUGCCUUUUCUAGUAUUAUGAUUUUGUAUAACUCAAGUUUUUAUUCAGCUUUUGUGAUGGAAGAUCUUGUCUUAGUUACUCUCUCUCUUUAAUUUCACAUAUCUUCAAUUUCUUCAA